AUGGCUACCGACGAACCCGAACGACCGCAACACCAGCAACAACCACCAAACGAAGAACAACACGAAGGACACGAAGAAGAACACCAAGAAGAACAAGAAGAACAAGAAGAACAACGUAGAUCGACCGAGGCUACUCGCCAGCCGUCCCAGGAACAACAUGGUCCCGCUUAUAUCGAACCUGAAGACCUGACCGAUGGCGAUUCCGUCUAUGCCGGCUCGUAA